AUGUGCGCAAUGAUGGAUGAGGAUGAGGAUGAGGAUGACGAUGACGAUGACGAUGACGAUGACGAUGACGAUGACGAUGACGAUGACGAUGAUGACGACGAUGAGGAUGAGGAUGACGACGAUGACGACGAUAACGAUGCAUGCAUGAAUAUCUUUUGGAUGCGAAGCAUGGCUUUGCCUCUAACAUUUGACCUCCAGUUCUCCGAAGUUGUCAGUGGCACCCAUGAGCCAAAGUUCACUUCCGAGUGGCCCACUACUACCAUCAGCAACCAGAAGAGGGUCAGCGGCAACAAGGGAGCCAAGUGGAACUAUGGUGACAACUUUGGCGGAGGUGACGAUUACAGCACCGAUCACACCAUCUUCGGCAACUUUGGUGUCAAGGACACUGCUUACAGUGGAAGCGACGGGAUCAAGCUCUGCCCUGGCACGCACAACGCUGAGUGCUCCGGAUAA